GAAAUAGACAGACUUUGAAUUUAUUGGUUGAAUCGAUUCAAUCUUUGUUAUCGCCUAUCGACGAUGUGUGUACUGAAAUUGUGUGCCAAAGAAUACGUGACGUAGCGGAGGAAAAACUACUGCGCCAUGUAUAAUAAAUCAAUGGAUUCUUUCAUGUGGCGAGGAAAAUAUUUAUGAUUUACGGCGUCGAACAUUAUUCAGGCUUUCCGGAGGACGAGAGAUUCUCGCGGAUCCGUUAAAAAUGGGAGGAGUACAAAGCAGUGCUCACAAUCUCGGCGACGCACUGUGGAUGCACGAGAGACAACGUCAGCGGGGUCAGAGGGAGGCGGCAGCGAACGGUCGAUACGAAUCGCAGGAGGGAGCGCCCAACGGUGGAAGCCACGAUCGUCGAAAAUUGCUGAAGCGGACCCGGAGCCUCGCCGUUAUAUCGGAGGAUUAUUCGAAUAAGGAGAGAGAUGCGAGCUCACGUCAAUUUCAUCUGGGCGAGCCGGAUUUGGAAUUACCGAGGAGGCCGCAAUUGAUACCACGAGCGAAGCUGAUAGAUCGCAACUCCCUUAAGGACAGAUUAUCCAAGAGCCAGCAGCAUCUCUCGGAUUCUUACGAUCGUUUCAACGAGUCAAGAUCCUAUCAUUCGCACUCCACGUGCGAGCUCUAUUCCGUACCAUCAGCUUUAUCGUCACUCCCUGAUCCCCCUUUGUACGGUCGUACCAGCCGCGCUGAUCCCGAUCGUUUGAAUAUUCUCGAUUGGCCGAGAACACCGAGACGAUACAGGAGCCACCAAGAUCUCGACACCGUUAGCGGCCUCGUCGAAAUCGUCGAGGACAAUUGGCCCAUCAUCGACGACAAUCCCAAUGUCGAUUCCAUACACACUCAGGUAAAGCGGAAGCGCAAAGAGCACCGAAGUCUCGACAGCAUACUGCGGGAGGACGAGGACGAGUUGGAAUAUUUUGACGUGCUGAAUUUGCUGCCACUGUCAAAGGUGCGAUUGGAAUAUAACGAGUCGGAUGCCCGGAGCACGAGCAGCCACAAUCGCAGCAGCAAUAACUUCGAGAAUAACCGGAGUAGCAACUUUGGUAACUUCGGUAGUAGCAAUAACGGUUCAUCGAUUGAUCGAAGACGGGAUUUUAUUGAUAGAGGUAUAAACGAGGGUGGGACGUCGAGUGAGGUGGACGAGGAUGAGGACGAGGAGGACGACGACGAGGACGAGCCCGAGGGUGAGCUCACCGGGGAUUCCGAAUUGAGCGAGAGUCGUCGAGAAAUCGAAGAGAUUGAAAUAAAGAAGACGACGCGCGAGCAGGCUGAACGGACUAAUUUUGGGAAGAAUUUCACGGACGAGGAGAAAUGCAAAAGCCAACCGAGCAAAUCGUAUCCCGAGAUCGUUGAGUUCCACGAGAGACGAAACGAGCGGGACUCUUGGCAAAGUUUCACCGCGUAUUCGCCGCUGGGAUUCACAGAUCGCAAAGUGAUCGCGCCGAGUGGAAGUUUAGAAAGGGGCGAGGAGGAUCGGCUCGAAGGAAAAGUCAACAACGGCGGAGCUCAGGAGCGCUCUCGAAAAGACGAGGGCCCUUCGAGCACGGAAACCGAGAGUGGAACAUCGAGUGUCCCGGACGUCCUUGGAGAGGGAUUAAUAAACGAGGCGACGAUUCAUGACGAAUCUCCGACGAGGACGAGGCUCGAAGAAAUUGCAGCAAAAAAUCGGGUCCAGGUCGAGGAGGCUGAGGAUUACAAAUCUAUUUGGAUAUCCGACAGCGAAGAACCCGAGGAAAUGUCGCGGAGACCACAAGUCCUCAAGGUCGUUGACAACGAGGUCACUAAGAGGCGAGGAAAAGCCACGAGCGUCGUCGAAAUCGAUGUUGUUGCACGGGAAACACCCCUGAGCAAAGAUUGCGAUCACGUACAAACUCCGAAGAACUCGCGCGCUGAUUCCCGGCAACGUACAAAUGCAUCAAAUGUCAGAGAUAAUGGAUCCGUUAUAGAGACCGAGAAAGACGUUACGGAAUCGUUGGGCUUGGGAAAUCCGGAUGUGGAAGCAGCACGAAACUUUUUCGAGGGUAAAAGUUUGGGGAAGGAAGCAUCGAGGAAUCGUCGAAACGAGGGUAGAUUCGAGAGGAUAGUGAAAGAGACAUCGAGCAUUCUGGGCAAAGCGUGUAACGCGGUGCGGGGUAGUCUGGGCUUUGAGGCGAGAUCCGAGAGCUCGGAUCUCGGUUUGGGUUCUGAUUGCGGUAGCGAUACGAGGCGAAGAUCGAUAGACGACGGUGUCGAUGUCGUUGACGAGGCGUUGGAGCCUCCGGAUCAAUCGCAGAAGAUGUCAAAGGAUCAAAUUAACGACGGGGCCGAGGAAGAGGACGAGGACGACGCCGACAGCGGAACUGUAAAUACCGGCCGAAAAUCGAGAAGCAAUUUGACGAGAUCACGCAGCUGCGUUGAUUCGAUUGAGACGCAGAACGAUGCGGCCCCUGAAUUCGAUCACGUUCGUUACAAGAUCGUAAAGUCUCGUUUAUUCGGGAAAAAUAUGUAUGGAAAUGCUUCGAACAAGAGGGACGUCACGUACGACGGAUUGAUGGAGUACCUGAGGGAAUAUUCGUUCCAGGAACUAUUGAUGGAUAACAACGUCGUAAUAAUCGAGCCAGUUAGAGCGGAAACUAUUGAAAGAAAGCCCUCGGAGGUUGGCGGGAGGGAGAGACCCGGCGGAUUUUCCAAAAGCACAGGAAACAUGACGAAAAUCGUAAACGAUAAAAUCGAGAAGGAGGCAAGGACCGAUAAGAUAAUCAAUGACAAAGAGAAUAAUCUUAAAAGCCCGAAGCAGUCGUCACUGAGAAAGCACUUCUUUUAUCAUCCGAUCAGAGUCAACAAAGAGCUGAUCGACGAAGAAUUGCCGGAUCCGGAUACGGUGAGAAACGUUCGCAGAAUGUUCGAAAAUACGAUGAGAAGUAAAAGCUCGUCGAACGAGGCCACCGGGGAUGAUUGUAAGAGCCGUAAAAGCGUUAGCAUGAAAGAUCUCAGAAGAAUCGAAGGGUCGCCUUUGGAUGACGUUAACGAGAGAGUUUUCCAAGCACCCAGCAGAUCUCGGUGUUCCAGCAGGGCCAAGGAUUUGACGAAAUUGUUCGAGGGCCUGGACAAGGUGGCUCCGAGCCGGAAAAACCAAAGCACGGAGAAUCCGAAGAGCGACACGAAAACGAGGAUUCUUGCGCAGUCAUUCGAAGCGAGGAGCGGUAAUACGUCGCCGAGCGAUACCGGAUCAACGGGCAACAAAGCGGCGCGCUAUCGUCACGCGAGCCAACAGAACAAUCAUCAUCAUCAUCAACGUCGUCGUCAAUUGCGGAACUGGGACGCUGGCAGCGUGAGCUCCGGCGUUUCGAGCGACUAUCCGGACACGGAUCAAGGCAGCGGUGCGCAGUGCACGUCCUCCGAGGACGAGGAAAUUGAUCUGAGAGAGGAAUACGAGUCACGAGAGUCUGACCGCGUUUCCGGGCAUUUCGUUUCCCAGGAUGUUCUCCGAAAGAUUCGCGAAUGCGGCACUUCGGUUACGUAUUACGGUGGAAAAGUGGUCAACACGUGUAACGGGCCGCUCGUAUCACCGAUGAGCUGCAAACUCGCCAACAGAAUCGAGGGCUCGUUCCUCGGCCACGAGGACUACGUGAAAUUUCGUCUGGUCAAAAGCAACUCGUGCGACAGCAGACUCGAAUUAACCGGGCGCGUCAUCGAGCGGCGAUCCCGUUUGGAGGCCCGCGGCGAAACCAAGGCGAGAAGCGAACGCGAAAAAUCUACGAACCUGAGGGAAUCGACGAUCGCGGAAACUCCGAGUAUCGAGAUCACAACGAUCGACAGCAGGAUCGAGAUCCAGGAGAUAAACGAUGAGAACAACGCUGAGACGAAGCGAGAACCGCCGGUCGUUAUCGGCCUCGAACCUAAGAAAGAUGACGCGAAGGAAGGCGGCGCUUUCAAGCUCGAUUUCAAACUCGGCAAAAUCAGUGAUGCGAAAUCAGGCUACGUCAAUCGUUUCGGCAGUGCACUCACCCGGUGGCAAGUCAACGAAUCCAGUUGGAAGAAAACGAACGCGGAUUUCGGGAAAAUGGAAUUCGAAGAGUUCGAAGUACUCGAGGACAGCUUAAAUGACAAAUGAGCUUGACUCGUCAUCUCACCAUGAAAAAUUCCAUUGGCACAACGACUCCGGAAGUUCGUUGCCGUAUCCAACGACACAGAAUGCGCCGAAACCUCAUUCGUAGAACAUAAUCCGCGGCGAAUAAUGUUUAUAUUUACAUUGGCAGCUCUACUGGAUUCUCUCGAAUCAAACGAUGCGAACCAGGAAACACGGUAGCAUCGUGUUUGUUUUACCGAAUAAUUAUUAGCCCAAUGACGAUGUUCCCUCGAAUUAACUGACAAGUUUAAAUACGUACAAUAAUCUAAUUGAAUAAUAUUCAACGAUAAUUAGCGAGCAUGCUCGCAAUAUCGAUCAAUGUAAUUGAAUAAUAAAUAUACGUCAUUCUCGCGUAGUUACCAUAACGAUGACGAGCGUCGUGAGUGCUGAUUCGCGUCGUUUACAAUCUGCCGUUCGAGUUCUAAUUUUCGAAAUAUCUGCAGAGAAAAACGGACUUUCCAUUUCGUAGUCUCGUGAAAGUUCCAGUAAAUGUUUGACUCGUCAAGUUGAACGAAACGCGAUCCAAUCGCUUUGGGUGCAAGAGAUAUUCUGACAGAGCUGUAAGAGCGCUUAUGUGUGUGCUCGGCGUGAGUUCUCCGCUCGGGAGCACUCACAAAGUUAUUCCUGGCCGAGCAGCAGUUUUAAUGCAAAUGACACUGCGGGGAUGUCCGCUGCUUGUCGGACCAGCAGCCAGUUGUGCGACGUGAGUCAUUCCAGCCGGAGUGGAACAAUUUUUGGCCCAAGUCAGACUACAAUUUUCCCGGUAAUUUAUCAUUUGUUUGGCAAUGAUACAAACUCGACCACCCAAAAUUCAUCUUGGGUACGCGAUCCAGCAAAAGUUGAACGAUGAUUUAAAACACUCAAUUUCAUGAUGAUUAAAAUAUAAAAGUUACCACUUUAUCCGCGUCCAAUUGUGAUGGGGAAACCUGAAAUCGUGGAAUAAAAUAUUUCAAGGGAAUUCCGAAGAGGGUCGUACAACGAUGCUUCCGGAUUUGGUUUUACGAUGUACGUGCGGACGGUCGCGUACAAAAGGUAUCGAACGUUAUUCGGUUUAACGGACUAGUUUGGACCGACAGGAAAACAGGGACCUCGGACGCCCCUUCCGGAAGCUCGUAAAACGCGACUGUUAAUACUUUAAUUUCAAUAUCGAUCUAGCCGAGAUGUACUGCCGGUGGAUCCGCCCUGAAAAGAUAAAAUUGAGUCGUCGUACUUGACCCAGUGUGUUGCCGCAAUGGUCUCAUGCAUCGGGAACACAUACGAAACGGAGCUGUCGCGAGGCCAUGGAAAGGUCCCAUUAUACCCUCGGCAUUUACUGGAGGAAGAAAAAAGCACAGUGCUGAAGAUCCCAACGUUGGAGUCCAACGAAAUGAGGGAAAAAACAUUUCUAAUUCACCAAUUUUUUAUUUCACAAAAUAUCAGUGCAGGUUGAAAAACUACGAAUUGGAAAUUCGGCAGGAAACGAAAUUGGAGAAUUACUGAAAUUUUUGGAGAAGCCUUUUAGAUCAUUUCGUUGGACUCCAACGUUGCAAACUUCAGCCUCAUAAAAAAGCUCGUUAAAUCUGGUCUACUUCUGAUUAAAUAAAAUGGUUAUUUGUUUAUUGGAAAUACUAUUACGGCCUUUACAACGUGAAAAUUUAUCAGUGUAUGACGAGACAUCAGCCCCAAUCCGGGCUGCGUACGAGCCAUGUGACACGUGAAAUCCUAGCUCGAGGAGAUGAGCACCAACGUGAAAUUACAUGUGUCACGUUACAAUAGGCUCGUCGACGCGGGAUGACGAUACGAAAGUAAAUGUCACCGCAGAGCAUUUCGGUUUGUAAAUACGUGUGGAAAGGCAAACAAAAUAAAUUAAACGAGGCUUUUCAUGUUUUA